AUGAACUUCUUCAACGAGAGUCAGACGAAUCGUUCGGGCUCGCUGAACCGCUUCGACCCGAAGUACGCCUCCUUCGGGCCGCGCGCGCCGCGCCCGCGCCCGCCCGCGCCGCCCCCCGCCCUCGCCACCUUCUCGCCCGACGCGCCGCGCACGCACGCCGCGCACACGCCGCACGCCCCGCACGCCCCGCACGCCCCCCACGCGCCGCACGCCCCGCACAGCACGCACGUGGGGCCCGACAAGUACGCCACCGUGCGCCCGCAGCGCCGCACCGAUCCGCAGCCGCUGUCCGCCGCCGCUCUGGAGUACCGCAGCCUGCAGCGCCCGCGCCGCCAGCAGAACGCGAACGCGCAGCACCGGCGUCGCCACGAGCAGCGCGACCAACGCGAGCAGCGCGACACACGGGACCAGCGAGACCUCUACGCGGUCACGGAGUUGUAG